UGGUGCUCACUACCUACUACUGGAUAUCACUGUCAGAUUUUUGAGCUUGUUAACUGAUAUAGGAGCUAACUACCUGAAACAAGAUCUCACUAGCUAAUGCUGGAGUUCACUAGGUGAUGCUGGAGCUCACUAGCUGAUUCUGGAUUUCACUAGCUGAUUCUGAAGCUCACUAACUGAAACAGGAUCUCACUAUGUGUCUGGAUCUGAGUGACAUUUGAAUGGAGCAGUGAUCGUUAGGCAGCAGGUGACACAACCCGGUCAGUAUGGAGAUGCAAUGGUCAAAUGAAAUGCAGCAUCCAUUUACCAAAUUCUCUGAGUGGAAAUUCAAACUGUUUAGAGUGAAGUCCUUGGAAAGGAGACCAUCUGAGGAAGAAAAAUCGGAAAGUGAGUUUUCGAACUCCUGCUCCUCAGAGGAAAGCCCUAUACUUCUGGGGAAUGCAAACAAUCAAAGUCUUGACUCAUCACCACAAGUGCCAACAAACUUAAAACCACAGGAAACCAAUGUGGUUGAACACAAUAAAACAGAGCUGACAAGAGUGGAAGAAGAAGUCCAUGUAGCUGCUAUUCAGCAGCUGUGCCGCAUUUGUGGUGCUUCAUUUAAAAUGGAUCAGCAAAACAGAAGCUAUCCAGUCCAUGGACCUGUAGACAGUGAAACCCAGGAGGUUCUGAAACGGAGAGAGAAGAAAGCCACCUCCUGGCCUGAUCUUAUCUACAAGAUCUUUAAAAUUGAUGUGAAAGGGGAUCUGGACAUCAUUCACCCCACCCGGUUCUGCCACAAUUGUUGGAUAAUUAUGAACCAAAAAUUCAACCAUAAUACAAGUGAAGUUUAUUUCCCUAGAAAUAAUGCCGUGGAGUGGAGAGUGCAUUCCUCUGACUGUGAUGUCUGCAACACUGCAAAAAUUUGGGGUAAAAGAAAGGGGUCUCUUCAAUCACACUCCCAUCUCCCUAAAAAAUGCAAGCUGGGACCAGAAUUUGCAAGAAAAAACAAGACCUCUAAUCAUCCAUCCCAUGGGAAAAAUAACAAAGUUCUGCUUCAGAUACAAACACAUUGCAAGAAGAUCCAUCUAGACAGCAGCCUGUUGGUGGUUGACUACCCCUCUGCCUUUAUUAAAUCAGUCACUUGCCAGGUGUGUGAACACAUUCUGUCUGAUCCUGUGCAAACCACCUGCAAGCACUUGUUCUGUAGGAUCUGCAUUCUCAAGUAUAUUAAGCUUGCAGGCUGUUACUGCCCAGCCUGUAGGUACACCUGUUUCCCCACUGACCUUACAACACCUGUGAAAUCUUACAUUAAUGUCCUGAAUUCCUUAGUGUUAAAAUGCAAAAUUUCUGGAUGUGAUGAGGAAACCUCCCUGGGAAAGUACCAUACUCACAUUUCUAAACACACAGAGAGCAAAGAAAAAGAGGCAUAUGCACAUAUCAACAAGGGAGGGCGGCCAAGACUGCAUCUGCUUUCGCUUACAAGGAGAGCUCAAAAACAUCGCCUGAGGGAGCUGAAGAUGCAGGUCAAGGCUUUUUCAGACAAGGAGGAAGGUGGUGAUGUGAAAUCGGUAUGCCUCACCCUCUUUCUCUUGGCCUUGAGAGCUAGGAAUGAACACAGACAGGCAGAUGAAUUGGAGGCCAUCAUGGAGGGGAGAGGUGCAGGACUUCAUCCAGCUGUUUGUCUUGCAAUACGAGUAAACACCUUUCUCAGCUGCAGCCAAUACCACAAAAUGUACAGAACUGUCAAAGCUACAACAGGGAGACAGAUCUUCCAGCCACUGCAUGCUUUGAGAAAUGCAGAGAAAGCCCUCUUACCAGGGUAUCAUCCAUUUGAAUGGAAGCCACCUCUUAAAAAUGUUUCCACUUGUACAGACAUUGGGAUUAUUGAUGGACUUUCUGGACUGAACCGUUCCAUAGAUGAAUACCCUGUAGAUGUAAUUUCCAAAAGAUUUAGAUAUGAUGCAGCUCUGGUCUCCACUUUAAAAGACAUGGAAGAAGAUAUUCUUCAAGGAUUAAAGUCAGAAGACCUAGAUGAUUACUUUAGUGGGCCCUUUACUGUAGUGAUAAAAGAAUCCUGUGAUGGGAUGGGGGAUGUGAGUGAAAAGCAUGGCAGUGGGCCUGCAGUACCCGAAAAGGCUGUCCGCUUUUCUUUCACAAUAAUGAAUAUUAGUGUUAACAACAAUAAUGGCCUAGUGAGAAUAUUCGAAGAGACUAAACCAAACUCAGAGCUAUGCUGUAAGCCACUAUGCCUAAUGUUAGCAGAUGAAUCUGAUCAUGAGACGCUGACUGCCAUCCUGAGUCCUCUUGUAGCUGAAAGAGAGGCUAUGAAAACCAGUGAGUUAAUGUUGGAGAUGGGAGGUAUUCUGAGAAAUUUCAAAUUCAUAUUCCGUGGUACAGGGUAUGAUGAAAAGCUGGUGCGGGAAGUAGAAGGUUUAGAAGCAUCAGGCUCUGUAUACAUCUGUACCCUGUGUGAUGCUACACGCCUGGAAGCAUCUCAGAACUUGGUUUUCCACUCUAUAAGUAGAUGCCAUACUGAAAACUUGCAGCGCUAUGAAACAUGGAGAGCCAACCCAUACCACGAAUGUGUAGAUGAACUGCGGGACAGAGUAAAAGGUGUUUCUGCAAAGCCCUUUAUUGAAACCCUUCCAUCAAUUGAUGCAUUGCAUUGUGACAUUGGAAAUGCAGCUGAGUUUUACAGAUUGUUUCAGCUUGAGAUAGGAGAAGUCUACAAAAACCCCAAUGCCAGCAAAGAUGAGAGAAAGAAGUGGCAGUCAACACUUGACAAGCACCUCAGGAAAAGAAUGAACCUAAAGCCUAUAAUGAGAAUGAAUGGGAAUUUUGCCAGGAAGCUCAUGAGCAAAGAGACUGUAGAGGCUGUCUGUGAGCUAUUGCCUUGUGAGGAGAGAAAGCAAACUCUCAGGGAGCUGAUGGAUCUAUAUCUAAAAAUGAAACCAGUGUGGCGCUCUUCAUGUCCUGCCAAAGAAUGCCCUGAACUGCUGUGUCAGUACAGCUUCCACUCCCAAUGCUUUGCAGAGCUGCUGUCCUCCAAGUUCAAGUACAGAUAUGCAGGCAAGAUCACUAAUUACUUCCACAAAACUUUAGCCCAUGUGCCAGAAAUAAUAGAGCGGGAUGGCUCAAUUGGUGCUUGGGCCAGUGAGGGAAAUGAGUCUGGUAACAAACUCUUUAGGCGCUUCCGGAAGAUGAAUGCUAGACAGUCCAAGUUUUAUGAGAUGGAAGAUGUACUGAAACACCACUGGCUGUACACGUCUAAAUACCUCCAGCGCUUUAUGAAUGCUCACAAAACUCUAAAAAACCAGGGUUUCACCAUAGACAUAGAGCAAAAUCCAGAAAAGGCAGAAGAGGAGCUAGAAUGCUCCAUGGAAUCUUUAGAAUCUAUGGAAUUCUAAGAUACUUCAGCAGAAUUACUCUGAGAUUUUCCUUAGUCUCUUACAAAAGUAAAGGUGCCGGAAGUGUGAAAUCACCACUGACAUACAGUGUGGUCAGAUCUAGAGAUGGGCUGCUUUAAAGAGCCCGGAUGCAUCACUGUAGUGUGGUUGUUCAUUCCUAUCAGAUUUUAGCACCAGGUUUUGUAAUAUGCAGCAAAUAUACAGAAAAAGGAUGAAUGCAGUAAAAGAAAAGUAAAAACUAGACACCUGUGGUUUUCUGAAUGGCAACAAUUGGAAUCAGCAAUUUGGUUCAAGAGACAUCUUACAAAACAAACAUCUUGAUUAUGUGUUUUUACAAACAUAAUGCAAACACAUUUUUUCAUUAAUUUUCAUUUUAUACAAAGGAAUUGUUCUUGCUGUAGAUCUAGCCUAAAUAACUUAUACUCCAGUUAUAGUUUGUACCUAGUUAAUUUGUAGGGAGUGUUUUAUUAAAGCUAUCAUACAUUGUUAGUUACGUUUAUUGUAACUAGGAAUGGCAGCAAUUUUGGAACUAUAAUCCAACAUUUUUUGGGGGUUUUAUUGAAUAAUGUGUUAACUAAAAUAUUUCUUGUUAUGCAACAGUGCACAAUUAGAAGCACUGUUCACUCUACUAAAUACUCAUGUCCAGGUCCUAAAGGGCUGGACAUAAUAAAAUUAAGGGAGGGUAUAACUAUGGAGCCUGUGCAGUAACACAUAUAGAUUAUAUAUUCUCAUUUCACAACAUGCUCUUUAAAAGUUGUGGUAGACCAUUUUAGAGCACUGUAUGGUCUGUUUUAAGAAAUUUCCACAUUCUUAACAGUUAUUAUGUUUACUUUGAUUGACUCUUCCAUGCUAGUUCUUGGGUUAGUAUUUAUAAUAUAUUAUUGAGUCCUAGCAGGGUAUUUGUAUCGUACAGGACUGUGUUUAUUUUGUUGUAAUCAAUACUUUAGAAUUAAGCCAUUUUAACUUUAUACAUUUAAAACAUUUUUUUGUGAAAUGUUAUUUAGCAUUCUCAGUUUUGGAAGACUAAAUACAUUGAUGUUUAAUAGGUUGAUAUCAUAUUCUGCUUAUGUUACUGUGCCCUUUGAAGGGAUACAGUUUCAGAUAUUUAUGAAUCUGCGUUAAGUAACAUUUCUACCUCUGGUUUGGUCAGUUGUUGUGUGUAAGCUGAUGGAUAUAAAUUGGUGGUUAUAGCCCGGUGAGUGUAGACUGAUGGGUAUAGGCUGGUGGGCAAAGGCUUAUUUAUAUAGACUGAUGGAUAUAGGCGGGUGUGCAUAGGCUUAUUCAUAUAGGCUGGUGUGCAUAGGCUUAUUCUUAUAGACUAAUAGAUAUUGGCUGAUGUCAUAGGCUUAUUCAUUUAGACUGGUGGGUAUAGGCUGGUGUGCAUAGGCUUAUUCAUAUAGACUGGUGUGUAUAGGCUGGUGUGCAUAGGCUUAUUCUUAUAGACUAAUAGAUAUUGGCUGAUGUCAUAGGCUUAUUCAUUUAGACUGGUGGGUAUAGGCUGAUGUGAAGGUUGGUGUUCUUUGAGUGCUGAGUUACUCAGUAGGGUAGCCAGACAUUAUUCUGAAUUCUUUACUUACCUCAGACUGUUACUUUAUGGUACAGUGACAAUUUCUAUAUCACAGAAACUUGUGUGUGUGUUGUCUAUGUUAUCCUGUGCAUUAUAACACAAACACUUUAUUUUGUAUUCUAUCUAACAACUUAUAUAGGGAUUUUCUCCGGAUUGGACUUAAAGAGCUUUACACAAGGUACAUUUACAUAAAAGAGUUAGCAGUUACAGUUUUCAUUACUGGAAAGCUUGUGUAAACAGGUAGGUCUUGAGUCUUUGUUUAAAAUGUCUAGGGAGGUGGUUUUAACUGUACUGAGUGUUCCAUAGUGAUGGGGCGACAUGGCUAAAAUCUUGCAAACCACAUUUGUGGUGUAUUCUUGGCACAUUUAGUUCUAGGUAUGUGCUGAUCAAAGAGUGUGAGUUGGGACAUAGGGCACCAGUAAUUCUUUAAAUAGCUUGGUCCCUGAUCAUGCAGAGCUCUGUAGGAUAGCAGGCCUAUCUUGAAUAGUAUGUGCAAUUUUAUUGGCAGCCAGUGCAGGGAGUGAAGGAUGGAUGUCACAUGGCAAAAUUUUGACUGGCCAGUUAGCAGCCGUACUGCAGCAUUUUGUACUUACUAGAUUUGAGGUUUGUACGUUUUGAUCCUCCACAUUCUAAACAAUUUUGUGUGCAAACAGUGACACUUACCUGCCUGUAUAUUUAGUUCUCUUUUAUAAUUGUUUUAUUUCUAUUUUUAUUAACAUCUGUGUAAGGCACUAGUGAUUCUUUAUUUGCAUUAUUUUUUAGUAUUUCUCUAAUAAACACUGAUAGUUACUAUUUGAAUGAUAUAUUUGUGUAAUUUUUGCCCAUUUUAUUAAACAUUCCUUUUAUAAUUGGGAACGCCUUGGUCACUUCCUACAUUAUUCUAGGAAAUCAUAAAUCUAUUUGACAAACAGUAUAGAUGGUUUUAAUAAUUUUGGAAGGGUAUUUAAUCACCCACUAAUUGUCCACUAGUAAGGAUAGCAUGCAACUCUACAUCUCAGUGCAAGAAUAAUGUGGCAAGUGAAAUCACUUUAAGAAGAAGUUGGGGAUAUGAUUAACCCCUUGGAUGCUAGAGAGGGUUUCAAACCAUGGUGAAUCAAUGCAUUGCUUACAUCUCUGACAUCCAGAGGGGUUAACUUGAGUUUGCUCUUCCCAGCAGCAACAUGUCUGCAUGGACACAUUUCUGCAGCCACAUACAGUCACAUUGACAUAAUGGCAGCAAUAUAUGUGCAGUACAAAUUACAAUAUUCAAAGCAAAAACCCAUUGAAAGUGGUUGAAAUUACCUCAAAAGACAAUUUUUUCUCUCUCUCUACCUCUAUAGACAUUCUUAUUUUAUUUGAUAAAUAGUUUCACAAAGGGUUUAACCAAACUUGCUAAAGACUUGUGGUAUUGAUUGUUUAUCAACAAAAACACUUUUUAAUCUUCCAAAAAAAUUCUUGUAAAAAAGUAUUGUUUACUGUAAGGGCCAUCUGAGAUUACCAAUUUAAAGUACAUUUUGUGCUAAUCGUUUAUACUUUUUUUGCCAUUGGAAACGCUAAAUAAAAAUACUUAAUAAUUCUCUACAUAGAAAAGAGGCAGCAUCACUAAUCAACCUCCAAGAAGGGAUGGGAGAGAGAGCCUGGCCCAUUUAAAAGAGUGCUGCUGCAGCUGCUUGUAAUGCAAUUAAUUUCUAUUCAUUAGUUGUCUGAGCACAUUGUCCUGUUAACCGUUUUCAUGCCAAAAUAUAGAAUUAAUAUGAAUAAUUGUUGUUGUAUAUGCAUGACAGAAACAUUUUGUGUUCAAUGUCCCUUUAAAUCUUUGAAACAAUUUGUAGGUGAGAUUUUCACAUAGCGAGUGAUGGAUGUUUUAUGGGAUACAGUUAUUUAGGUCUUUCUUAAAGGCUUCUGAUAUAAACACUGCAAUUUGUCAUUUUGUUUUCAUUUUUAUUACCACAUACAAAUGAUUGUUACCUGAUCACAUUGUGCAUUAAACAUGUAAUUUUUUUUAAAAUGUGAAAAUAAAGAUCAGUGUAUCACA